AUUUUUUUUUUGUUUUGGAAUGAAAGAAAAAUAAACCCAAAAAAAUCAAAAUCAAAACACUUUACAACACAAUGUUCAUGAUGGAAUGGAAAAGUCUAUUCUAGAUUGUUUGUCAAUACAAUAGUUUUAUCUAAUCUAAUGAACCGAGACCACCUAACCUAACCUGUUUCCGAUAAUUGAAGAAAAUAUAUAUACAUUCUAUGUUGCCUGUUACGGAUAUGGAUAUAAACAUCAUUGAUCAAGAAUCAUGUUCAAAAUUAAUUAUGAGUAAUGGUAACUCACUUUAUUCAACCCAAAUCUAUGGCGAUAUUGAUACGAUCAACAAAUUGAAGCAAUCAUCGAGUUUUAAAGCAUUGACUAAUAAAAAACCAUGGCCUGUUAAAAAGCAAAAAUUAUUAAAAGCUAGUACUAGUUCACCGUUCAAACUGAGACCAAUCAUUAUUAAUUCGAAUACAAAUUUUGAUGAUAAUGAUGAAAAAAAUUUGAAUAUUGCUCCAUCAGUAAAUUCUGAUGGUAAAGAAGAAUUUCAAUGUCCAAUAUGUAAAUUUUCAUUUAGCAGACUUUAUGAUUUAAAACGUCAUUGUCGUACACAUACUGCUGAUAGACCAUUUGGAUGUAAAUAUUGUGGUAAUAUGUUCAAAAGAAAGAAAACAUUGAAAUUACAUAUUCGUAUUCAUACUGGCGAGAAACCAUAUCGAUGUCCAAUUUGUAACUAUUCAUCAACACAAUCACAAAAUGUUUACAAACAUAUUCGAAUACAUACGGGUGAAAAACCAUUCAAAUGUGAUCAAUGUAACAAAAGAUUUUCGGAAAAACAAGGCCUAAAACUUCAUAGUACCAUACAUGAUUCGAAACAAUUUCGAUGUAAAUAUUGUCCAAAUUUUUACAGCCGUCGUGAUACAUUACGUGCUCAUAUGUAUGAAAAACAUAAAACCGAACGGGAUCGUGAAUAUGAAGCUAUUGUUGCUGAAGUGAUUGAAUUGAAUUCAUCAAAAUGAUUGAUUAUUUCGUUUGCUUUUUGAACAUUUCUCAUUUAUUGAUAAUCGUGUAUUGGAAAAAAAAUUUCUUGUAUCCAAA